AUGGAAAAUUCUGAACCCAACAUUUCUAAUUCAACAUUAGAGGUUAUUAAAAAUCCCGAACCUACUAUUUUUGAUUUAACAUCAGACGUUAUUAAAAAUCCUGAACCUAUGAUUAUUGAAAAUCCUGAACCUAAUAUUUUUGAUUCAGCAUCAGAA